GCUUACGGUGAUGCUAAAGAUGGUCAUAUUCUAGAAUCCCUUGAACUGGAACAUUUAUCGGAUGUGACAUUUAAUCACCUCAAGGAAGUUAAGCUGGAAUGCUUUUCAUCAACGAUGCCUGAAAUGCAGCUUAUCAAGCUUUUGUUAGCCAAGUCCCCGGCGUUGGUGAGAUUGCUAAUCGAUACAUAUUAUCUAGAUAAGGCACCACUUGAGAGAAGACUAGAAAUAUUCGCCAAGCUUCUUCACUGUUAUUGUAAUAUGAAGCCUCCUAAGGGAAGAAGGCAUUGUCGAAGUUUAACUCCUGACGUCAUCAGCGACCUUCCUGAUAAUGUAAUCGAUGUCAUUCUGCUGCGUUUGCCUUGUAAAGAUGCUGUAAGGACAAGCAUCUUAUCGAAGAAAUGGAGGUAUCACUGGUGUAGGCUUACAGAGUUGACGCUUGAUUCAUCUCUUCGGAAAACGAAAAAGGAUUUUCUAAACUGUAACACCCCGUAAAAGUCGUGCAUGGAUCAGCCUUUAAUAGAGUGCUCUUAGACUUAAAAACUUGAAAAUUUUUCUAAGUGUAAUGAGGACUUAGAGUCA